AUCCUCAUGGAGAACGUCCCCAUCACCUUUGUUCUAGACUCUCCAGCAGCAAUUACCAACAUUGAAAACAAGGCCAGCUUCAAGGCAAGAACCAUCAGUAAGGUUCGGUACAUCAAGCCGAUCACUAGACACCAAUCAAAUCAGCAAACAGCCCAUGUAACUAUUACCCUCUCCUCGAAGGCAAGUGCCAACCAAGCCAUCAAAAUGAGCUUAGUCAUAGUAGGCAAGAAAGUUUACGGGCACAAGCUCCUCUCAGAACCUACACACUUCCUCAAAUGCUACUCAUUUGAGGGAGCACACAUAGUGGCUAAAUGUACUCAAGAACACAACAUGUGUGGCACCUGU